GAUGGUCCCAAUUAAGAAAGUCGAUAGUGACAUUUUAUCGAUUUUCACUUUAUUACAUCAUUAAAUUAGGUGUAAUGAGUUCUAAAAUGUGAAUAUUUUAUUUUAUUAAAAUUCAUUUAUUUUGACAGUUUUUUCAGUAUCAAAAUUGUCGAUAAUGAUCGCGCGCCCGUUUAAGAAUGUACGAUGUGGCAUUACGUGCCUUCUUGCUCGCACCGCACGGGGAGGGGAAGAGCGCGGGGAACGGCGGUUCUGCCACUACGCACAUUGUUGGCGGGCGGAGCGCACGCGUCUCGUUGUUUUGACUGCUUUGUUUGUGUUCAUGCUUUAUUUUUAAAUUUAUAUAUUACUCAGCAAUGUCGCAUCGUUCUAAGCGCUUACUUGCUAUUGUAUUACAAGAAGAUAAGAAUAGUCAGCAAAAAAAACGAAACACAAUUCCUGGGGAUAAAGAAAAAUGUGCAUUAUACGACGUGGAACCUGAUCGAGUUUCUUCUCCAGUACCAGCCGACUUUGAAAAUGAACUAAUUCAGCUGCAAGAUUUGAUGGGUGAUGAUGUUAGUGAUCAGCAUUUAUCUCCACCAUCUUUUGGUGAACAUUUUACCACUACUGCUGAGGUCGAAGCAACUGGCAAUAUACCGAAAACCCCUGAAAAUAACGAAAUGACUGAAACGAUUAAUUAUGCACCAACGACCUCUGAAAAGGCAAAUUUUCCCGAGAAGACCGAUAUUGCCGAAAUGGUUCCAGCCACUAUACCCAUCGAUGUAACACCAGUCCCAUCCCCAGUUCGUCCUCAUAACCAAAACUGUGAAUCUCGCUUUUGCCCCAUAUGUGUAGAAGACUGCAUGAUGAGCAUUGAUGACGUUUAUCAUAAUCUCCCAACACCUUCAACGAUGACAGAUGCUUCUACUGUUUUAACACCUUCUACACACAAAGUUUCUAGAAAAAAAACUUACAAAAUUGAUAUUGGCAAGAAAAGACAAAAGCACAAAGAAAAUUGGACUAUAAUACAACGGAAAAAAUUGAAGAAUGAAGGAAAAGCUUAUGAAAAUUACAAAGGAAAACAAAUAGCAGAAAAGUCACUAGGUGAAACUUGUGGAAAAACUUGCCGCUACAAGUGUACAGAAAAUAUAGAUGCAAACCAAAGAGAGAAGAUUUUUACAAAGUUCUGGAAACUGGGCGAUCGUAAAAAACACUGGGAGUUUGUGAUCAAAUAUUCUAAAAAAGUUCCUAAAGGACGUAACACUACAGAAGAAACCAAGCACAAGCGAGAAAACACUUUUGUCUACUACCUACCAAACUCAGAGAAAGAACCUAAAAGGGUUUGUAGAAAGAUGUUUUUAAGUACUAUAUCCUCUGGUGAACGAAUAGUAACUACGGCGUGGAAAAAGUAUGAUGGAGAAAUCGCUGUAGCUGAAGACAAACGGGGCAAAUAUGAACACAGGCCUAGAGUUAUCGAUGACAUGAUGGUACAGAGCGUGAAAGACCAUGUGAACUCGAUCGAUCGUGUUGAAUCACAUUACACGCGAAAAGACUCCAAAAAGUUAUAUUUAAAUAAUAUAACUAGUACUGCGCAGAUGUUCCGGUUGUAUGAGGAAUGGUGUGGAUGGUAUCCAGGUAAAUAUACAAACAAGGCAAAUAAACGCCAGUACCGUGAUAUCGUGAAUGCAAAUUUCAAUCUUGCUUUUCAUCUACCGAAAAAAGAUCGUUGUGAUAUUUGCCAUGUAUUUGAUAAUAAUGAGUUUCCGAAUGAAGAAGAAAAGCAACGAUUCAUUGAACAUAAGGAGCACAAGAAAAAGAUCGUGCUCUGAAAAAUGCUGACAAAGCUGAUGGAAGUACGAAUGAAAAACUUGUUGUUGCAACGUUUGAUUUCCAAAAAGUUCUUCAAACGCCACACGGAGAGGUAAGUACUUUCUACUAUAAGAGGAAAUUAAAUGCUUUCAAUUUCACCGUUUAUGACGUCAAUAAAAAAGCUGCAGUUUGCUAUAUGUGGCAUGAGGUUAUUGCAAAAAAGGGUGCGAAUGAGGUUUCUAGCUGCUUAUAGGCUUUUAUAAAAGAAAAUGCUGAAAAAGGGGUUGAGGAAUUUAGGUUUUGGUCGGAUAACUGCGCAGGGCAGAAUCGAAAUCGCAUCGUGUUUGCUUUGUAUCUUCUUGCUGCUAAAGAAUUCGGAGUAACUAUCAUUCACAGAUUUAUGGAGAAAGGCCACACCCAAAAUGUUCACGCAGUGAUCGAGCGAGCAAGUGAACAUAAAAAUAUUUAUGUACCUGAUGAAUGGAAUGUUCUUGUGCGUUGGUCAAAGACAGAAGGAGAACCGUAUGCGGUGAAAGAAAUGAACAAGGAAGAUUUUUUUAAUUUUAAAGGACUGUUGAAUAACAAAAACUGGACAAAGGAUGAAACUAAUCAGGUGAUGAGAUGGAGUCAAAUACGUGAAGUGAAAGUGAAUAAAAGCGUCUAUGAUCGCAUAGAAUAUAAGUACGAUCUGGGUGAGGAACCUAAGCUUUUAAUUGUUUUAAGGACAGGGAAAAGAAAUAGCCAACGCACAAGGACGCAUUUUGAACUCCACCAGGCUUAUAACGAUGAAAGCAUCCCCAUUCCGUAUGAAAAGUACAGAGAUCUGAACUCUAUGUGCAAUUCUUUGGCAAUCCCAAAAAAAUAUCAUACGUUCUAUAAAAACUUGCCACAUGUGCCCCCCAAAGACAGGAGAGUCACAAGGCAAGCUAGUGAUGAUGAUGAUAGUGAUAUUGACUAAUAGUUAUAAUUAACCUUAAUUAUAAUUAAUUAAUAUUGCACAUAGAGUUCAGAUCUCUGUACUUUUUUUCCUUAUUUUAUAUUUUGGUACAAGCUUUUGUGAUACUAUUAUAAAAAUGUUUAUGUUAUUAUUAUAAAACGUGAUUUUGUUACCUAAGCUAUUAAGCACUUAACCAAGAUGAAACUGUAAGACUGAUUAAUCCUAUAUUUAUGAUAGAUGGAAAGAUUGAAGUGCCAAAUUUAGUUUUUAGUUUUUAGAUACAUCUAAAAGAUGUCACAUGACUAAUUUUAAUCUAUAGUUCUAACGGAAUGGUCAUUAUUUUAAUGUGUAAGAAUACUCUUUUUUUAAUAGUUUUAAUAAUAAUUUAGCCAAAUAAAGCUUUAAAUAGGCGUAAUCUUUAUACGAACCUACCGAAUAUUGUUGUAAGUAGUUGAUUUUUAGGUGUUUUUUAUGUCACAUAAACAAAUAUGUAUAACAUUAUGUUUGUUGAUUAAUACAUGUUCGAUUUUUA